CAAUAUCUGGAUCAAAAUUUAGAUAGGUAUAUGUACUGUGAUGGCUUGAUUCAGCAGCAAUAGCUUGUUCGACAGUUGAUAGCCCAGGAGUUCAAAAUGAAGACAUUCCUCUUGUUGCUCCUGACUGUUUCAUUCUAUAUUGCCCAAUCAGAAUCUUUGAGGAAACGGGGAUACACAGAUGUACAGUCCUUCAAAAGAGAGUUACUUUUUAUAAGGUUGAUUGGACUAGAGCGGAGGCUUGAAAAAGCCUUAAGUUACUACAACCAUGAAGACGGAAUGUGCAAAGAAGACUACGACACGGACAUCCUGGAUAAAGCAUUACUGGCAUCGAAGGACUCCUUGCUGAAAUGUGCCGAGUCUUGCACAGGGAAUCCUGAAUGUUCCGCGUUUGUAUACUCCUUCACGCUACCUCAAGACUAUUGCUUCAAUAUGAAGUCGCUGGGAUGCACCCAGGGGAAAACUUCUAAAAAACUGACAAGUACUUCACUGUAUAGGAAGAUUCCGCAAGGAAAUGGGAAACAAGUGAUGCUGUUACAAAAACAAAAUAACUGAGAACAGAAAGCCAAGAAAUACUUUUCAUAUGUGCAUAAAAUGU